UCUUGCGUAUGGAACGGCUCCAGCCUCGCGUCUCCUUCCAGCUCCGUUUAAUAGCUACGUUUUGGACGGUCUCUCAUCUUCCCGGAGAUGCCUUAUAGUGAGGUUGAAGCUAAGUUUUUGGGGCCUGGAAAAGAACUAACAAGAGAACCAUGCCUUAAAAAAUUGAAAUCAGCUGCAGAUGAUGGUGUUUCCCCCCUUCGAGGUGGUCCUGAUAUUCACAGAAUCCAAGAAAAACCCAGAAAUAAUAGGGUCACGGUGGCCACCAUUAACUUCAGAAGACGUGUUUGUCCUCAGGAAGACAAAACCAGUACAGAUGUGUUAAAGCCAUUGCACAAGGAGAUGCCUAGUGAUAAACUGGGUAGUAGUGAAUCCAUCGGUUCCCCAGCUUUGCAGGAUGGAAAGCCUUCACCACUGGCCAGGGAUGAUGAAAUCUAUAGCACAAGUAAAGCAUUCAUUGGCCCCAUUUACAAACCUCCUGAGAAAAAGAAAUGCCGUGAAAGGAAGAGUGAGACAGAUACUUUCAGUAGUAUAGAUAGCAAAAGAAGACAAGAAAAACAGAAAUCUAACUCCAAAAAAUUGGAGAUGGACACAGAAUUAUCCCAGUUUUACAAAGAAAUUGAAGAGCUGGAAAAUGAAAACGAAGCUUCCCAAGGUAGUUGUACGGAACCAGAACCUUCCAAAGAACCAAUUAUUUCUUAUGACUGGGCCUGUAAUACUCUAAAGUCUGAGGAGGAAAACAAAGAUCUCGGUGGUGUUCUUCAGUCACAUCGUGGUUAUCAAGAGUACUUGGAGGAUGAACCAGACUAUCCCUGUGAUGAGCAGUUGAUGCCUGCAUUUUGUGAAACUUCAUUUCCUUCCUUCAGGCCUGAAUGGCAGUCCAUGCAUCCUUUUGUCAUACCCCAUGAUCCUCUUCCCAGUUUUAAUUAUUUUAAUUUUCAAAGAUUUGGUGCCCCACUACAUCCAUUACCAGAUGUUUUCCAUGGGCGAGAUGACUCUCAGAUGCAGAAUGGGUGUUACAUAGACAGUUAUCAGGAUGACUGGAGCUGCUUGACGUUUGAUCAGAACGAUGAAUAUGCAAACUAUGAUGUGACUAGCAAUAAUGUUCAUCCCUUUAGAAAUGGCUACAAUGUACAAGAUGAAAGUGUGAAUAAUGGUUUCUGUGAAAUCCGAGAGUGCUGGCAAGAUCCUUCCAUGGACAAGCAUAAUGAAACAGACAGGUUUGUGAGCCAGUGGUUUCAAGAGGAGAAAUUAAAUAAAUUGCAGAAAUUGCUUAUUCUUUUGCGAGGCCUCCCCGGUUCUGGAAAAACAACAUUGUCUCGAAUUCUGCUUGGUCAGAGUCGUGAUGGCAUCGUGUUCAGCACUGAUGACUAUUUUCAUCAUCAAGAUGGGUACAGGUACAAUGUUAAUCAACUUGGUGAUGCCCAUGACUGGAACCAGAACAGAGCAAAACAAGCUAUUGACCAAGGGAGAUCUCCAGUUAUAAUAGACAACACUAAUACACAAGCCUGGGAAAUGAAACCGUAUGUGGAAAUGGCCAUAGGAAAAGGAUACAGAGUAGAGUUUCAUGAACCGGAAACUUGGUGGAAGUUUGAUCCUGAAGAAUUAGAAAAGAGGAAUAAGCAUGGUGUGUCUCGAAAGAAGAUUGCCCAGAUGCUGGAUCGCUACGAAUUUCAAAUGUCCAUCUCCAUUGUGAUGAACUCAGUGGAGCCAACACAGAAAAGCAUACAAAGACCCCUUCCUCUCGAGGGGGAACAGAGAGGAAGAGUUUUGAAGAAAAGUGGAUACAGGUUUGACAAAACCAAACAGAAGAGAAACGGGACAAGAAAGAAAAGGCGCAACGGUUUUAGUGAGAACUCACUGGAAACCUUAGGUCACCUUGCGCCUGGAGGUCAGGGUCCAUCUCAGAGGCAAGGAGAAGGCACAGACGAGGUCAAGAGAGAGCCAUGGCGUCCCUUAACUGGUGGUCUACAGAAUGAAGCCGCAGACUGUGGAAAUGGCCGUGAAGAGCAAAGUUGGCAAGACAGAAAGAUCUUAAACAGUUUCCAAAACACUGUGUCUACAGUUGAGUUGGACCACACACCUAGGAACUGCUCCCCCAAGGAGGAGAAAGAGGAGAGGGGCUCAUUUCCAACUUUACCAUCGGUACCACCUGCCUCUCGUCAUACAAGCACCCAGCAUCUUUCCUGUGCAGUGAGGGAUGGCUGCUUAGGCGUGAGGGUGGGACAGCAUCUGAGGAAUAGACAUAACUCAGCCUUAGACUCCCAGGGCGCAUUUGCUAAAGCCCGGGGCUCCUUUAUGGAGAAGAUAGAGGUGAAGGAUAAAAGUCUCCCAGAUGAGUUCGCCGUGAAUCAUCAGCGUGGGACCAGAACGUCAGAGGAAGUUCUGAGAAAGGAACAAGGAGUCAAAAGCGAUUGCUGGGCUUUUUUUACGGCUAGUGUGUGUGAUGAAGACUCACAGCUCAGGUCUGAGAGUCAGCCAUAUUUGGGCAGUUGGCCAGAGGGACCUCAUAAGUUUGUGUGUGAACAGAGACCCAAGAAAGCUAGGUCUCGCAGGCUGACCUGCCCCGAUAGCGAGGAACAAUUCGUUAAGUUGAUUUCCACUUCUGAAGGAGCAACAGGCUCAGAAAGCGGCCCAGAAAUACCGACGGAGAAGCUACUGACAGACUUGUCUCCUAAAGCUGAAACUAUAGGUUUACCCAGAAACCCAGGAACAGAUAUCUCCAGCAGCCAUGUCCCCCAUCUGAACUCCCCGGAGCACCCCUUAGAACCAGUGAAGGGUACACAACCGGUGCAGAGGGAGAUUUGCAAUUUGCCACCAGACUCUAAGUUACUGGGACAGACUCAUAUCAACCCUGAAGAUGAGGAGAAGUGUGACCUCUUAACAGAGAGUCAUGGGCUGAACGCUUUUCCUCAGGGGAAGGGCAUUUCUGAUAUAAUCAAUAAAGAUGAGAGAAAGCAAGAAGUGGUGAUCUUUGACCGUCGUCUGCCAUGGUUUUACCUUGAUAACCUUCUCUAUGACUCUCCUCUAAGUAUGACUGGGAAGUCUUGUUCUUAUCGCCUGUCCUUUAACAGACUGGGGUGCGCUGUGUAUUUUUAUAAAAACCCUGUUCCUUCUCUCAUGUUACAUUACCUGUCUGCCUUUUGCAUGGUAUCUCUUAACAACAAAAGAACACUUUUGACUUUCAAAUCUCAGAAAAGAGUGGAUAGGACACUAACCGAUGGCGGGUUCAUUCCUUCAGAAGUUGUAAGUAGCCGGCCUGAUACUGUUAGCUCUCUAAGGAUUUCUUCUGAUCGUCAGUUUUCAAACGAGAGCUUUGGCAGAAAGCUGAAGAUGUGGGAAACCUGGGAGCUAGUGCAGUGUGGACUUGCUGAGGACAGCCAGGAUGUAAGCAGGAAUGUUCAGUCCUUCGGGCCACUAGCACAAGAGUUUGCCUUUCAGCCAGCCAAACUUUCGGGAUCUCCUGGAGUUGCAAUGGAACCCUUGUUACUGGAUGACCCACCACAGGAUUCCCUUUGAUACGGAAGUCACUCAAGAUAAUGCCUUUGCAAUGGAAGAUGUCAACAAAGAUGAGGUCAUCUACGUAGCCCUGUGUGACUUCAAAUUUGUGGCCAUAUUCCUGCCUUCAUCUCUCCUGUGCUGGGCUGAUGCUCUCGGACCGCCAUGUCCUGUGGUGUGGCUUACUUCUCCCCUGAGUCCUCGGGGAGUCUAUGCUGUCAUUCGUGCAUACAGAGAGCAGCACUUACAGUGCUCAGACUGACCUCUAUGGUCGUGAUGUUUCUUUUGAUAUUUGAGGAAUGCCUGCGCAGGAGAAUUAACCAUUAUUUUGUGUAUCUCAAUUAUUAUUUCUAGAAAAGGCAGAAAAGUCUUGGUUAAAAAUGAAAAAUCCCUUGACCUGUAAGUACCUCUCGCCGCAGAGACCUCGAUAUGGUCAGGAGGAAAUGAGUGUUGGCAUUGCCUGGUUGUAAUAGCGCAGAUGUAUUGCAGUUGAAGAGUUGUUACUAUAGCAACCCUGUCUGUGCGACUGCAUGUUCAAUUCUUUUCUUCAGUCUCUUUCUGUGACCUACAACAAAGCUUGGAUUGUUGCUCCCAAGAUUUAUUCCCCAUUCCAUUAGUUAGAAUGCAUUUCAGAGCAUUCUGACAACAGUACAAGAGAGGAUACACACACACACACACACACACACACACACACACUGGUGUGUGACCAGAGCAAGGAAUUAGGGCUGUAGUUUCCAUGUAAAUAUGUAUGUUAACAGAUGCUCUAAGAAAAGAGGCAGCAUGGAUAGACACGGGGUCAAAUACUUGACACAGAGAGUGACAUUAAACACAUGUGUUGCGAUGCCAGUGCAUUCGUGUCUGCACUUGGUAAGAGUAAAACACACAUGUGCUUGCAUGUUUUCUAAAUGUUUUCCUCUUGCCCCCGCUUCUGCUGGGAGACAGAGCACUGUGUGCUGGGGAGGAGUUUAGAGGUCUGGAGAGACUGCUAGAACGAGAUGAGUGUGCUAAGAGACUGUGAGAGCUCUGGAGGAAGGGAUGAAAGCUCUCAUUUUGUUCCCAGUGCAUGAGUGGUGUCAUCUUAGACCUUGCUCUCUGUGCCGAGGGAAAGCAGUGAGCCCUUUCCUGUGUUGUAUACAGCAGUCUCUGUUAAGACGUGUGUCCCUUCUCCCCUGUGAGGGGCCCUGCAGACACUGAGCUACCAUACAAGGAAGAUGCAGCCAGCUUGACUUGACUUAGCUGUGGCCAAUCCGAGAGUCCCUUCUCUGUGGUGCUGGUGCGGAUUUGUGUCAAGGACAGGCUCUGCAAGUGCUUUUGGUUUUGAAGUCGCUCCUCUGCUCCUCCGUUCUGUUCUAACUGUUCUCCAUGGCACUGGCCUCACCAACAGCCUCGCUCUAAAUCUUCAUCUGAGCGUCUCUCGAGGUCUGUAGCCAUAUGUGUAUUCACUACAGUCAUCUGGAGAAAGAGCCUUCCGGUUUGGGUUGUCACUGCAUGCUGACAAGUAGGUUUUAAAGGGCAAACAGAAAUACAGGAAGAGGCAAUUAUAAGGAGAACCUGCUGGGCUGUAGAAGUCCCAUGGUGGUUUCUGCCUAUCUCACAGUACUCAGCAUCGGUUGCCAUGUGCUGACAGCCACAGGCCUCUAUAGAUGCUGAGGUAGGCCAAGGAUGUGUUCCUACACGCCUGUUCUGGAGGUGCUGCCUGCUGUGUGACCUGAAAGAAUUAAUCUCCUCACAGCCUCGAUUUUCUUAACUGUAAAACAUAAGUAGAUAAUAUCACUUUAGUAACAGGUACUUGGACUAGUGCCUGAGAAUUCACGGCUUUAGUGGGGGUUUAUCUCAUCCUUUUACACCUUGGGGACCAAGGCCUGCUGCAGCACAAAACUGUGGCUGUCCUGGAAGAGGGAAAGAUUGAGCCAGGAAACCUGCUUACAGAUUUGCAUACAUUCCUGUGGUGGUCCUUUUAAACAUCUGUACUACUAAGAGCUGUACCCCUCCGGGGCUGAGAAGAGAGCAGAGGUGAGAUGCGCACAGAACCGGACAGAAUGGACUGAAGGGACAGCACAGGCCGGAGAUGCUGGGGCAUAGCAUGACCAGGGCAGCAAAGGGGACCCAUUGUGUCUGGGCAUGUCUGGGUGUGUGCUUGCCUGCAGUGAAGAUCUCUGUUUCCUUUCCUACUGCUGAGAAGUCCCUGGGAAAAGCCAGGGAGCCCAGUGCUGACCCUCAGAGGCCCUCCCACCACACUCCCGCUGGACACCCACCCUCACUGGCCUGGAUAAUCCCUCCAGUUGUUGCUCCUGAUAAGUUGUGUCAAUAAAAAGGAAAGGAAAGAAAACUCGGCAAGCAGCAAAAGUGUGAACACAGCCACUGCCUGAUGCCAAGAGCUGUUGCAGCUUCGACCUGCAGAGGAAAGAGAGGCAUGGACAGCCCCGUAAUAGCUCUGAGAUUGUGUUAGUAACCCUUAUGCAAGCAUUGAUCUGUGGCUACAGCUCUAGGAUUUGAAGUCCCCAAAGGCUCUAAAAUCCAAGUAUUGUUCUGUUUAUUCAGUUUUUUUAAUGGUGGUGAAAUAUAC